UGAGUCAGCUUCAUCCUCAGCACCUGGGACAUUACCUUUCAUAUCCACAGGGAAAGCUGCAUCGCUGACACUUGGCUCAUCAGGUUUGUCGAUCAGGGCUUCGAGCCAGAAUCUUUGCGGGUGUUUGAGAGAGGAGAAGGAGGUCAACAUGGGCUCCAGCUCUUCCUCCUAUGCCCCUAAAACCAUUUACCUGGAUGUGGAUGGGAAAGUGCAAAAGGUGGUGUUCAGUCGGCACUGCAGCCCCUGUGACAUCAAGGAGCUUCUGUGUUCCUCAUCUCACAUUCCCAGGAACACUGCCAUCAUGAUGGUGGACCCAGAAGGAGCCUUGGUCUCCAUAGAUCCAACCAUGCCCACCAACUCUCCAAACUUUCUGUACAAAGUUGUUCCUCUGUCUACUGGUCAACUUGGAGAGAAGGAGGACAUGUUUCAGAAUGUGUUGUCCCAGGUGGCUGAUCAGUUCAGCAGAGCCUUUCGCAUCAACGAGUUGAAGACUGAGGUCACAAACAGGCUAGCAAUGCUGGAGAAGAGAGUGGAAUUGGAGGGCUUGAAGGUGGUGGAGAUUGAGAAAUGUAAAAAUGAUCUGAAAAAGCUACGAGAUGAGAUGACUUCAAGAGGUGGUGGCAGAGUAAACUGUCCAUGCAAAUACAACUUUGACGACGGGAAGAAGGUAACUCCUAGACGAGAUGUCCCCAAUUACCCAAAGUACACACUGUCUCAGGAGACUGUCGAGGCACUCAAGAAGCCAACAUUCGAUGUCUGGCACUGGGAACAUAACGAGAUGCUAAGUUGUUUGGAGUAUAUGUACCAUGACUUGGGACUGGUGAAGGAAUUCAACAUGAACCCCAUCACACUCAAACGCUGGCUGUUGGCGAUUCAGGAGAACUACCGUAGCAACCCUUUCCACAACUUUCGCCACUGCUUCUGCGUUAGUCAGAUGAUGUAUGGCAUGAUUCACCUCUGCAACCUACAGGAGAAGCUGACUCUCACAGAUAUGGGCAUUCUAAUGACAGCUGCAGUGUGUCAUGACCUGGACCACCCUGGCUACAACAACACGUACCAAAUCAAUGCCCACACAGAGCUGGCAGUGCGCUACAACGACAUAUCUCCGCUGGAGAACCAUCACUGUGCUGUGGCCUUCCAGAUCCUUUCUCUUCCUGAGUGCAAUAUUUUUGCAAAUGUGGAUCCUGAGGCCUUCAAACAGAUCCGUCAGACAAUUAUCACCCUCAUUCUGGCCACCGACAUGGCCAGACACGGGGAGAUACUAGACUCCUUUAAGCAAAAAGUGGACAACUUUGAUUUCACCAACGAAGAGCAUGUGACAUGUCUGAAGAUGGUUUUAAUCAAGUGCUGUGACAUUUCCAACGAAGUGAGGCCAACUGAGGUAGCUGAGCCAUGGGUGGACUGCCUACUGGAGGAGUACUUCAUGCAGAGUGACAGGGAGAAGUCUGAGGGUCUCCCUGUGGCUCCCUUCAUGGACAGAGAUAAAGUCACCAAACCCACUGCUCAGAUUGGAUUCAUCAAGUUUGUCCUCAUCCCAAUGUUUGAGACUGUCAUGAAGCUUUUCCCUCAGAUUGAGGAGAUCAUGGUUCAACCUUUAAGAGACUCUCGUGACCACUAUGAGGAGCUGAAACAGAUUGAUGAUGCCAUGACAGAGGCACAGAAGAAAAAAACUGAAAAUAUGUCAUUAGGCGGGAAGAAGAAGUAAGCUCUGCAGUGAGUGAGUGCAAUGGUAUCUGUGGGUCUUCUUUUGUAAUUACACUCAGGAAAGACUUUAAAACAUGCGAGUGAUGCCUCGGUGAAGACAUUCGGCUGUGUUGGCGGAUGGAUCAGGAUCAGAAGGGAGAGAAAAGAGACUGCUUGGCUACAUACUGAACUAAAAUUAGGCGUCAAGGUGGAAUCUUGACCUUUGACUUAGACUUUUGCACUGGAUGUAACAGAGAGGGACCUGCUGACCUCUUUCUAUAGUAUGGUGUUUAUGUUGUUCUUUCUACUUACAUUUUUUAUUUCAUUUUAUUUAUUUAUUUUAUUUCAUUUCAAUAGUGAAGGACACAUUUCUUCAAAAACAAAGCUACAGUAUUUUAAGAUUAAUAACCAUUCAUUUAAAAAAUAUAUACAUAUGAUGAUGGCUGCAGAAUAGUAUUUUCCAAAUUUUUUCCACACAAUUGUUACUUUUUUUCCAAAUUGUUUUUAGUAGAAGAAUGAAAUGCACCAAAGCUGAAUGUUUUAACCUCACUUUAGCAAUCCUUUUUUGAUUUUGAUUGAUUGAUCUGGUGCACCUUAUUAAACCAUCAUACAUCUUUAUUAUCUUACCUUCAACACUUUUCAAUCAAAUAAAGCCACAUACAGUAAUGGCACAUGUCCAAGGUGUUACACAAUGUGUCCUAAAAAAGGACUCGCCACUGUGAGUCCUUCUAUAUAAAGGUAAGACAACACACAUUUCCUAACGGAGUGUCUUCAGUGUUUAAAGUCAGUCACUUUAUCUAAUAGAACAGAUUUAAAAACAACAAAUGUUAACCAAGGUUUGUUAGAGGAAAAGUUUACAGUAAAAUACACUUUUUAAAUAAUAAUAAAUAAUUUAAAUAAGCAUGAUAUGAACUUUACAAUGAUCACACAUAGUGACGCAAGUUGUCUUUGAGUUGAAGCAAUGGUAAAGUGAAAAAAUGACCUGCUGACUGAGCACUUCAAAAAGGGAAAAUAUCUGUUAAAAUGCUGUAAUUAUUACACAACUAAUGGACAUAAAUGAACCCCUCAUUUGUGCUUUUUAUAUCUCUCAGGUAACUUGUUACAUAUCACUUUGGAUAAAAUUUAAUUUCCUUCCUGACCUUGGAAAUAGUAGUUUGACAAAAUAAUCUCAACUAACUCUCUCUGGAGCUUUCAGUCGUAUCACACAAUCUUCAUCACCAGAUGGCUUAGUUGUAAUGGGGAUGUAUCUGUUGUAUCAGUUAAUAACUUCAAUUGACUUAUUUCUGUUGUUUCACAUCCUCACUCACUUCCUCUCCCUUUUGACAUAGGACUGGUGCUUUAUACGACCCUACCUGUAACAAUGCAUGAGCUAUACAUACUUUAUUGCCCCAUUUUAGAUUUAAGGGCUAGAAACGUGUUGAAAUAUGACUAGUUAUCCAGUUCUGUACCACCCAAAGGUGCCACUUAUCUCAGCCUGCUCCACGCCUCUCUCUCUCUCUCUCUCUCUCUCUCUCUCUCUCUCUCUCUCUCUCUCUCUCUCUCUCUCUCUCUCUCUCUCUCUCCACAGCUUCCCUUUGAGCCAUAUCAGACCUGGGUGGUUUUCCUCCAGCUACUCCACAGUGUUUUUAUUACUGUGUUUUAUUUGGCAACAUGUUGCCAAUAACUCUAGAGCAAUUAUUUCCUUACCUGUUGGCCUCACCUCACACACACUGAAAACCACCUGCAUAUCUCUGAUGAAAUCAUAUUAAUAACACAACGUAGCACACAAUAUGAAUCACCAAAGACUUUAUUUGUUUGUGCAUGUCAAAAUUAGGUAGGAUAAUUAAUUAAACUUAAAUUUUACCCCUCUAGUCUGUAGCUUAAUUUGAUUAAUAUCACUUUUUAUUCACAUGUUGAUGGUCUAUGUUGAAUUAACAUGACAUGAUGUUUGUGUGCGUACAUCUGCAAUACAUGUAAGUUGACGAUUUAAAAGCAA